AUGGACAUUUCAAUCCGAGCAAUGGCAGGAGAACUUCUGGCUGAGCUCACAGUAAAUGGCAAAUGCACAGCUGGCCAGCUUGCCGAAGAGCUUGCGAACCUGGUGCCGCCUCUUCCAUUCACAGAGUAUCGCCUGGCAGUGGAGACAGAGGCGCUGCAGCCAAGUGAUCGCCUCUGCGAGCACGUGGCUGAUGGUGCAGAGCUGACUGCUUUGGUGGUGGAGUCCAUAGCGGGUGAGUACUUCUGCCAGGCAAGUUCCUGUCGAGGCAUCACUUUGUGCCUGGAAGGGAGCCGUAGGGCUCGCUGCCAAACAGAGCGGAAGGUCGGCGGCCUGUGUUUUUACCACCGUGCAGAAGGUUCUUGGGAGGAGCUUUCCACGGGUGACCUGACCCAUGUGCAGAUCACGCUGGACCAGGCCAUCGGUGCAAUGGAAGACUUUGUGGUGAGGCAUGAGUUGGAGAUGGAGAAACUGCAGGAUGGAGAUCUCAGGGUGGUAAAAGGUGAGAUCCGAGGAGGAGGUCAGCUGGACCCCAACAUGCUCAUGGGGUCUCCUGGAAAUGUUUUCAGCCGUUUCUGA